AUGAAGACCGUCAUCCUCGGCACGAUGAUGGUCGUGGCCGAUACGGCCUCCUCAGAUGUGCGAUUUGGCAAGCGCAUCUUUGACGGCGACUCCAAGUUUGUCUUUGAAUGCAGCCAGCAGACAAUCCCUGAACCCGUCGACGGCGGAGGAACGUCGUACUUUUUGCAGGCUCUGAGCACGACGGAAAAAAGUACCAUCCCCGUAAAGAAGACUGCACCGUGGACAAGGACGAUGCUACCUGCCAGCACUGUCUUGUCGGUGGCGGAGGUCUGGACAGCGCAACGACGGUCAAGGCAUGCUGGCUCCCUCCCGCGGGAAAGAUGUCAUGCAACAUUAGCUUUUACUACAGCAACCGCCACUACAACUCCUACACGGACAAGGACUUUUGUGAGAAAAAGGACGAUGCAACCAUCAGCAGUGCCAAAAUAA